UCUCACACUGUCAUGUUUGAACCAGUUGGCUGCUUGUGCUGCACUGUUGAUUCAGAGGGAGAUUGAGCCAUACAGGUGAGGUACCAGUGGGAACCAAGAGGCGCUGCUGUUCUGACGGCAUCAAUAAAACUGUCAGCAUGUUGGAUCAUGGAGGAAGUGAUUGGAUGGGAGGUCAGGUUCUGUCAGCCUCCUUCAAAUUCAGUCCCAACACUGAAGGUUGCAUGAUAUUUGAUGCUAAACCACAAGCAUCCCUGCAGUAUCUGCAUAGGAAGACCACCGUAAAGGAGCUGCUAAUGAUGAGACGCCAGAAAUGGAAUUCGGAGCAGAAAUGUAACCCGGAGCCUAAAUUAAAGUCUCCUAAAUACGAACCCAUCGCCGCAGACAUGAGUCCUCAAAUGGCAACCUCUCCAACAUCUCUCCACCUGAACUCCACCGCCUGCUUCAUCCCAGCUCUCCCAGAGAAUGCCGUCAUGGGGCUGCAGGAAACGCCACAGAGUGUGCAGCUUCCCGCUCAGGAACACCAUGUCCCAGCCUCUGGAGGGAAGAUGACUCUGUUUCACUGGCAGGUACAACAAGAAGCCAAAAAGGCUGAAGGCCUGACCCCAGAGCAGCUCUGCAUGCAGGACUCGGAUGGUGACACAUUUCUUCACAUAGCGGUGGCUCAAGGCAGGCGAGCCCUCUCUUACGUACUCGCUGCGAAAAUGGCUAGCUAUGGCUCCCUGGAUGUGAAAGAACACAACGGGCAGACGGCUCUCCAGAUCGCGGUGGCCACCAAUCAACAUCUGAUCAUUUCGGAUCUUCUAAGUCACGGAGCGCAGAUCAACAUCAGGGACCUGUGGGGGCGCUCUCCUCUGCAUGUGUGCGCAGAGAAAGGCCACUACCUCAGCCUCCAGAGCAUCUGUAAAACCCUGACAGGGCGCGGCCCAUCAGUCGAUGUUGAAAUGUUUAACUAUGACGGUUUAACUCCACUCCACGCCGCAGUUUUGUCUCACAACGCCGUCGUUAAGGAAGUGAGGCACCUGAAAAACCCUUGUCCAUUCAUGAUCUCAGAGCUGGCGCUCAGGAGGCGCAGGUAUGUGGAGUGCGUCAGGACUUUAAUGCACAUGGGCGCCUCCUACGGGACUAAAGAUCUGAAAAGUGGAAGGACUUGCCUUCACAUGGCCGCCGAGGAGGCAAAUAUUGAGCUGCUUUACCUUUUUCUUGAACAGCCAACGUCUCUUGCUGUUGUAAAUGUAAAGACGUUCAGCGGAAACACUGCCCUGCACAUCGUCAGCUCUCUGCAAAACUACAGAAAUCAGGUGGAGGCCGUGAAGCUGCUGGUGAGGAACGGCGCCGAUCCCGGAAUGAGGAAUUUGGAAAACGAGCUGCCGUGUCAGCUGGUGCCUGAAGGAUCUGUUGGCGAAAAGGUGCGGCAGAUCCUGAAAGGGAAGUACGGUCAGGUUUAAGUAAAACUCCAGAACACUGUCAGUCAGACAGUCAACUUUAUCAUAUUGGAAAUUUGCCCAGAAAAGGCAGAUGAUUGUUGUUUCAGUGAAACACUCCCAUGCGUUCGUUACUAUGUAAUGUGUAGAUAUUUUGGGGGGGUCUGUACUAUGAAGUGGGUUAGCUAAAGUUCAUCUAUUGGUGUCCAAACUCUGGCUCCAUUUACGACGGUGAAACUUCUGCUGGAAAUCUAAACCAGGAUCCCUUUGUCAUAUUUAGCUCUUAGCUACAGUUAAACAUUUUAUUAGAUUGAAUUUUUUGUUCUAGAAUCCAAACUUCUAAUCUAAUUGUUAAUCCCACUUUGUAGAACAGACCCUAUUUAUUUUAUUGUUUUAAACAUUUUGAUUAUUUGGAUUUUGCAGAGAACUAAAACCAAGCUAAUAAGCAUUUAUAAGGUUGUAAUAAGUAUUUUUUUUAAUGCAUCAAUAUCAAACGGUCAGUAGCAGGACUUUGAAACAAUUGUUCUUUCAGAGAAAGAACUUCAGACUUGCCAAGCUGGUCCAGCAGAUCUUGAUAACUCUUUUCUUAAAGACUUUUUUUCUGCACUACAUGACUUUAUUCUCAUAUUUUAAAAUAGAAAAAUAAAUCUUAGUUUGGCCCUAAAGCGUAGGAUUAGUAUAGGAUUUUGGUGGUGGGGAGUUCAAUGUGAUUUAUUAUUUAUAGGCUUGUGAUAUUGGUGGAGGUGUCAUUUUAUUAUAAACUUUAGAAUAUUACCUGUAGUUAACGUUUAUGGUUUUUGGUCAAAUUUGAAUCAAGUCACUGGAUGUGGGAAAUAUGGUGUUUUUUUUAUUUUGCAGUGAAGAAAUAUUGAUUUUCUAUGGCUGCAACAUGAUGUAAAAUGCAAAUAAAUGUUGUUUUUAAGCUGUUAAA